CGGCGGGCGGGGGAGUACCUGGGCAGUGCGGCACUGGAGAGCACCACAGCCCUGGUGGAAGGCAUCACGGUGUCCCGAGCGGGCGAGUUCACCUGCCCGGUCGCAUGCGGGGCGGUGUUCAUGACCCACAUGAAGCCGGUGAGACACCUGGGGGUCAGGCACCCAGCGGCGGCGGCGGCGGGGGCGGCAAACGGCACCGCCGCUGCUGUCGGCAGCAGCCGCAACGAAGCUGGCGGUGGUGGUGAUGGUGCUGGUGCGGAUGCCAUGCAAGCCGACGGGGAGGAUGAGGAUGAGGGUGAGGGGGUGCUUGAGGCAGCAGCUGAAGCGGAAGCGGAAGCAGCAGCGUCGUACGGCAAUGGUGUGGACCAGGAGGUCGUACGGCAGGUGUUUGCCGGCAUGGUACGGCAGUCGUACGUUCAGGCGAUGUCUGGGCUCACGGAUCUGGCGGCGGUGGAGGCGGCGGCGGCGGCGGGGCUGCUGCCGCCGGUGGUGGCGCGGGGUCGUUGUGCGGAUGCGGGAGAGUGGGUUGAGUUCCAACGGCCGCCCCCGCAGCAGCAGCAGCAGCAGCUGGAGGCACCUUCUUUGCAACAGCAACAACAGCAGCAGCAGCAGUCUCAGGGAUUGACGUGUGCGGUGGCAGGAGGAACGUCCAGCGUCAGGGGGACAGUUGGCGGUGAGGAUGUCAACGGCGGUACGGCAAGUACGGCAAAUGGAUCAACUAGUACGACGGCUCCUCCUGCACCGUUUUGGCCAGUGGUUUGGUUUCGGUUCUUCCCGCAUCAGCGGCUGGGAGAUCUGGCGGAUCAGGAGAUGGCGCUGCCUCCCGUGCUGCCGCAGCAAGUCCCAGGGGGGGCUGGAGGUGGGGGUGGAGGAGGUGGUGGGGGUGGAGGUGGAGAGGGUGCGGAAGGGGCGGCGGCAGCAGCAGCAGCAGCUGUUGUGAGCAGCGAGGGAAGCAGUGAGGACGGGGAAAGCCAAGAGGGGAAUGACAGCAUGUAUGCUAGCACAACUAGCAGCGGCAGCAGCGGGAGCGGUGGCAGCUUAAGCAGCGGCAGUAGCAGCAGCGGCGAUGAGGACGAGGAUAGCAGUGGCAGUGGCGGCAAUGGUGGUGCUGGUGUUGGUGGAGGAGGGCUUGCAUCCGGCGAUUCGUACGGUCGGGGUUACUUUGGCAGUGACAGCACCGGCAGCGGCGCGGUCACACAUAGCGGCCUCAGCGACGGGUUGUCGACCGGGGGAGACGACGACGAUGGCAGUAGCAGUGAGGAUGGGAUCGAUGGGGACGAAAUGCAAGGCGGCAGUGGCAGCGGCGGUAGCAGUAGCAGCGGCAGUGGCAGUGUGACUAGCAGCGGAGAGGGAGAUGUGGACAUGCUCGCAGACCUGGAUGGGGCAGCGGAGGCGGUGAUGCAGGGAGUAGCGGG